CCUAAACCACCAAACCGGAGAAGACUGAAAACUAUUCAUUGACUUUGCUUAUAAGGUUUUAAAAAUCAAAUCUCAGUGGUUAUUACCUGGUGUUCUGCGUCUGUUCACAAAGGCAUUUUUCGGCGUGGCUUGUGUUUGCUCUUCAUCAAAGUCAAACUCAGUUGGACUUAGAGGCCUGUAAAAAAAACAGUAAUGAUGUUUCACAUUACCUGUACACAAACAAAAAUCCUAACUGAUGAAAUGAUGAGAAAUAGUCGUACUAACCUGCGGUCUCUCUCCUCCCUCUGUCUUUCCUUUGCUGCCCCUUGCUCGUCCUCUCUUUCAGGUGAGGGGGUACGAUCGGGAGUAGGGGGCCUCCUAGGAAGGGGCUCAAAGUUCAGUUCCAGCAUCUCCCCUUUAGAGAGGAGCUCAUACAGUCUUUUGAUCUCGGCAGGAGGGGGCAUCCAGUUUUUGGGGUCCUCCAUUUCCUCGUCACUGUACGCAAGCUCCCAUUCACCGUCCACUCCCGCAGCCUGCUUUCCCUCUCCACCUCCCACCCCCGUGUCUGCCUGAGGUUCAUCCUUGUGUACUUCUCUUUCCACUGCAGCUGAGGAGGCAGCACAAAUGUGCACAAAGUCAGUCUCACAAAAGUACGACACUUCAGUAUUACAUGAUAUGUAGAUUACUUUUUUUAUUAUAGGUACUACAGUUAAAGUACACAAUGACACUGAACAUUCAACUCUUUACAGUAUUAACCUUGGGCACUUUCCAGACUCUGAGUAGUGGACUUUCUCCUUAAUGAUGAGAUGUCUUCCCUGCUACGUGUGCUUUCAAUGUGUGUGUGAUUUGUGUUUCUUACCCUUUUCAUUCUUGGUGUUUGCAUCCUCUUCCGUGGCAGCUGUCAUGUCCGUGUCCUGUUCGUGUGUGUCGCCCUCUUCCUCUUUGCCUGCUGCAGGUUUCUCUGCGUCGUGCACCCCCAGAGCCUCAAUGCCCUCUCUCAGUGAGGAGUCUGUGGCUUCAGCCUGCAUCCUUCCUACUGCUGCUGGUGAACUUAGUAGUCACAGAUCUGCUAAAACACAAGCAUGAAUAAUGAAAAGCUACAUGUUAGUACAAAUCAAAGUAAUAGUUCAAAUAUGGCUCAGCGUUUGGCGGUGUCCGAUGGAGCACACAAGAAGACCGCCAGCGUUCGGGUAGCGGUUCGCCUGCGACCCUAUAUGGACACUCAAGAUGAGAAGGACGAGGGCCCGUGUGUGAAAGGCCUGGACUCACAGAACCUGGAAAUAAUCAACUGGAGAAACGCUACAGAAACGGUCAAAUACCAUUUUGACGUGUUUCAUGGUGAGCAAACAACACAGCAAGAAGUGUUCCUGUCAUCAGUGAAGCCCAUUUUAUCACACGUACUGAAUGGACAGAACUCCAGUGUCUUUGCUUAUGGACCAACAGGAGCUGGUAAGACCCACACCAUGAUGGGCAGUUCAGAUCAGCCGGGUGUGAUCCCCCGAGCCGUUCGAGAGGUCUUCAAGCUGGUCAAAGCUAAAGAUGGCAAUGAAGGAUGGGACUACAGCAUCAGCAUGUCUUAUUUGGAAAUUUACAAUGAAAAGGUGCUGGAUCUUCUAUCGCCAAGCUCCCAGGAUUUACCAAUCCGAGAGAACAAGGACAAGAACAUCCUGAUCCCUGGUCUGACUCACACAACUAUCUCCUGCUUCUCAGAUUUUGACAAACAGUUUGUCCCUGCCAGCCUCAAUCGUACUACAGCCUCUACCAAACUAAAUCAGCGCUCCAGCCGCAGCCAUGCUAUCCUCCUCAUCAAGGUUGUUCGGACUCAGCGUGCCCUGCCCCACAGACAGCAGACGGGGAAGCUGUACUUGAUAGACCUGGCUGGGUCUGAGGACAACCGUCGCACCGGCAACCAAGGCAUCCGGCUGAAGGAGAGCGGCGCCAUCAACCUGUCUCUCUUCACCCUCAACAAGGUCGUGGACUCUCUUAACUCGGGCACCGCCGCCCGCGUGCCGUACAGAGACAGUAAACUGACGCGGCUGCUACAGGACUCUCUGGGUGGCUCGGCGCACUCUGUCAUGAUCACCAACAUUGCACCUGAAUACAAAUUCUAUUUUGAUACGUUCGGUGCUCUCAACUUUGCCUCCAAAUCCAAGCUCAUUGUGAACAAGCCCUUCACCUGUGAAACUGUGGCAGUGCCUGUGCUGCCAAUGAAGCGGGCCAGAGAAGACCACGAGGCAGGGGGGUCUGGCACCGAGCCACAGAAGAAGAAGAAGCAGAAAGACGAGAGGAAAAGUGAACAGGACGGCUCCUCGCCGUCUUCACAUUUCCACAGUUUGUCAGAACCGUCAGUGAUGGACAGACUAAUAGCUCUGGAGAAGCUGAUGAUGAACUGCCAGGACAAGGAUGAGCGCAGCAUGCUGAAAGAUGUAGCCCAGUCUCGCAAGGAGAUCCAGGAGAUCAAAGAGAAGCAGAGGGAGUUUGAGAGCAAGGCCAUGCUAUUCAGUCGUUUGGAUGGAGAAAAGUCCUUCAAGAACAGCACAGCUCCUCUGCAAAGAAAACCGUCAGCUGCCACCAAAGCCAAUAAGCAGCAGGCGGUGGUCCAGCCCCUACAGGUGACCCAGCUCCAGCUCCAGCCUCUUCAGCAGCUGGCCGUCGUCAAAAAACAGUCCGUCUGCGUCAAGAAGAAGAAAGAGAGGAAGAUUUCAGACCAGGUUGAGCUUCCAGAUGGUAAAGAGAAUAUUAUGGAGACUGGUUGGGAAUCCCAGCUUGACACGUCGGUGCUGGAGCACUCCAGACAGAAGAUCCUGCAGGUUCUCAACACGGGCACCCUCAAAGAGCUGAAGGGUCUGCAGCAGAUCGGAGAUAAGAAGGCGAAGCUCAUCCUGGGCUGGAGGGAGAUCCAGGGUCACUUCAUAAAGUUGGAGGAUGUGAUGAAAGUUGAGGGUAUGACGGCGAAGAGAUUUUCCACCUUCAUGAAGGCAAACAUCCUGAGCACCAUGGGGAAGUGAUUUUAUUUUUAUGUUUUUAAGUCUUUUAAUUUUUUUUAAUAUUGUACCGUUUUUGUUAAAUGUAUAUCAAUUCUAUCGAAAGCUUUUGACGUGUAUGCUUUGCUUCAAGAUGUUUUUGUAGUUACUACUGUGCUCCAGCUGGUGGCGCACUGCUGCUUUUUAAUAAAUAUCUCACGUGACA